UGUGAAAUUUAAAAAGCAAAAAGGAAAAAAAUUGAAAAUGUUAUUAAAAACUAAACUAAUGUGGCUGAUAAUGCCUUUUUAUUUGCUAGCAGUGCUCGAUGAGUUGCUCUAUUGUUCGGCCUACAUGAACAGUGUUCGCAUUGAGGAGAUACCCUUUGCCUUGAGGAUACACAAUUACAAUCGUAGCAGGGUAAAUCCUUUAAAACAGCCCCAAACGGAGGAGAGGCAUAGUAGCAUUUUUGCAACAAAGCGUUUGGAUCAGCACAAAGGAUUUUUGAAGAUUUUUAAUGUUCCAUAUAUCAUUUGUUUUUUUGCUGCCAAAGGCAAAUGGCCUUUUAUACCGCCCAUGAUGCAAAAUCGUGUCGAUGUUGCUGCCAGGACUCUAUUCAGUCAGAAUGAUUCAUUCAUAAAACAAUUUUGCCAGAAAUGGAUACAAAUCAAAGAAUGUUUUCGACCCAUAUUUACCCCCUCUUCAACUCCGGUCAACUUGGAGGUAAUCACAGUGUCACCUCAACGUUGUCAAUGUGCAAAUCUUGUCUCCACCGAAGCUCCAGUGCCGGUAGUCUACUUUGAUCGGGAUCACAUAGGCAACAUCAGCACAGAGACCAUACGCAAUACCAUCGAGUUUCUGGAGAACUUUUUGCCACCGCCCACCAAGAAGAAUAAAAGAAAAAAUCGAGUACGAUCUCGUUUGGAUGAUAUGGAUAUUGAAUGA